UCCUCUCUCACUUUCUAUACGAUGGCGGGAAACGGUAGUUUAGCGACUGUUCUUGGGCUAUUUUUGGUGCUCACACUGUUCCAUAACCCGAUCACUGUCGCUGGACAAAGUAUUCCGGCGGUGGCUUUAUUUACGUUCGGUGACUUAAACUUCGACGCCGGAAAUAAACAGAAUCUCACCAAAGCAAACGUUCCGCAAGGCUUCUGGCCGUACGGAAAAUCCAGAGACGACCCUAACGGCAAAUUCUCAGACGGAUUCAUCGCUCCGGACUUCGUCGCAAAAUUCAUGGGCAUUCCGAUCGAAAUCCCCGCGGCGCUGAAACCGAACGUCAAUGUUUCACGUGGAGCUAGUUUCGCUGUCGCUGAUGCUACUCUUCUCGGAGCUCCUGUGGAAUCUAACAACCCUAUCGCCGAUGCAUCUGCCCAACAAGCUUUUGUCACUUCCGUGACCAACAAGUUAAAGAACGAUAUUAGCUUAUUGUAUGCAUCAGGAGCUAGUAAGUUCGUUAUCCAAACCCUAGCACCAUUGGGUUGCUUACCAAUCGUCAGACAAGAUUACAACACCGGGAUGGACCAAUGCCAUGAAACUCUUAACAAUUUUGCUAAACAACACAACGAAAAAAUCGGACCCAUGUUGAACGAAAUGGCUAGAACUGCUCCUGGUUUCCAGUUCACAGUCUUUGACUUCUACAAUGUUAUUCUUCGUAGGACGCAGAGGAGCUUAAACUACAGAUUUUUGGUAACGUACUCAUCGUGCUGCGGAGUUGGGACACACAAUGCUUACGGUUGCGGUUUCCCCAACGUGUACUCGAAACUAUGCGAGUACCAACGAUCUUAUUUAUUCUUCGAUGGGCGUCACAAUACAGAGAAGGCACAAGAAAGUUUUGGUCAUCUUCUUUUUGGAGCCGAUCCAAAUGUUAUCCAACCGAUGAUUAACGUCCGUGAGCUCGUUACUUACCCAGUCGAUGAACCAAUGCGUGAGUUUUGGUUACCUACAACUUCGUCCGCGAGUGACUCUACCUCGUCAUCAAGCCACGGUUACGAGUUCUACUGAGUCUAUAUAUAAAUCUCUUAUUUCACAAAAUUCGGAAUCUUAAUGUUUUUAGUGACUUUAGCUCGUCAUCCUGCUCGAGUGUGUUUCCCUCUGUAA